UAUGCAAAUCCUCAUAUUCAAGAGAAGAUAAAAGCCCACAAUGUGAAGAGAUACCAAAAUGAUCCUCAUUUUCAACAAAAAAAGAGAGACUACAUUAUCAGAAGAUAUACCACAGAUGCCAGCUUUCGAACCAGACAGAAACAAUAUGUGUUCCGAAGAUACAACACGGAUGCUGACUUUCAAAGCAGACAGAAGCAAUAUCUGGUCCAAAGGUACAACACGGAUGCUGACUUUCAAAGCAGACAGAAGCAAUAUCUGGUCCAAAGGUACAACACGGAUGCUGACUUUCAAAGCAGACAGAAGCAAUAUCUGGUCCAAAGGUACAACACGGAUGCUGACUUUCAAAGCAGACAGAAGCAAUAUCUGGUCCAAAGGUACAACACGGAUGCUGACUUUCAAAGCAGACAGAAGCAAUAUCUGGUCCAAAGGUACAACACGGAUGCCAGCUUUCGAACCAGACAGAAACAAUAUCUGGUCCAAAGGUACAACACGGAUGCUGACUUUCAAAGCAGACAGAAAAAAUACAUAAGAACAAAAUAUGCAUCGGAUCCAAACUACAGGCACAAACAAAAAAAAUCAAUUCAUGCCAGGUAUCAUAAUGACUCACAAUUCAGACUGCACCAUAUACAGCGCUGUGCAGAGUACCAGAGACACAAAAUGGCUACCACUGCAUCUUUCGCCAUUUAUAAAAGGUUGCGUGCACAGAGAAUAAAGAUGAAAUACAGACGACUAGUAACACAAUUCCAGCAAGGUCCACAGUCUGAAGCACAGCCCCAGCUUGAAGUGAACAGUGUGAUGCAAGCAGCCACAUUAGCUUUCCGUGAAACAAUUAAGUUAGGACCCACCCAUGUCUGUACAGUGUGCCACAGAACUCUGUUUCCUAAUCAAGUAAAACACUGCAAAAGAUCAAAGUAUGUUAAAAAUACUCACAUUGUUGACACCUGCUUGACAGGAAAAUUUGUCCAUGUUUGUGAUAGUGAAUGUACAGCUAAUUGUACCUUUCCAAAACAAAGAAUGCAAGAGUGGAUUUGCUACAACUGUGACAGCCACCUACAACGAGGAAAGAUCUCUUCCAUCGCAGUGGCAAACAAUUUAGCACUAGCACCCAUUCCAAUUGAACUGGGUCAAUUAAAUGUACUAGAACGACAACUGAUUGCUAAAAUUCUCCCGUUUGCCAAAAUCAUUGCAUUACCAAAAGGACAGCAAAGAGCCGUACAUGGGGCUGUUGUUUGUGUACCGUCGGACGUGGAAACCACAGUAAACUGUCUUCCCAGACCUAGCAAUGAAGCCCAGCUCCUGCAGGUACAACUGAAAAGACACAUCAGAUUCAAAGGAUACCAACACUUCUACACUGUGAACAUGAAGAAUGUGUUAGCAGGCUUAUCAAAGCUAAAAGAGAUGCAUUCAGAAUACAAAGAUGUGUCUAUUGAUGAUGACGCAACUUUUGCUGAUCCCACAAAUAAUCAGAUAAUCGAGACGGAACAUAACACUGCUCAUGCAGAUAUUCAAGAUGCACUGCCCAGAAACUUCGACAACCAAAUUGUACCAGAAAGAAGAACCACUGAGGAUACAACAGCUGGAAUACUUGAGCCAUGUCAUGAUGUAAACGAACUAUUGGAGCCUGAACAGUCAAAUGGAGAGCCCUUACAAGAUACGGAGAAAGAAAAGGAAGAACUUCGCCCUGGUCUUGUUCUAGACACCUGUAUGCAACCACCAGAUAUAGCACAGGACAUUUUAUCAUAUGGUGAAGGAAUAUUUAGCAUUGCACCCGCCCAAGGAAAUAGACCUGUUGGCUUCUUCUCUAUUCCUAAACUUGAAGCCAUGGCCUUUCCUGUGCAGUUCCCAACUGGACAGAACACAUUAGAUGAAGCCAGACAAGUCAAAUUGUCCCCAAGCAUGUAUUUUAAUACACGGCUGUUCUCUGCAGAUACACGCUUUGCAACUGACCAAAGCUACCUAUUCUUUGCACAGUUUGUAACAGAAACACACAUGGCUACAAACAGCAUGUCCAUCCAAUUGCGCAAAGGUAAGGCAAUCACAAAGGAUGGCCGUAGAAUUUGUAACAGAAUGCUUCAAAAUAAAGACGAAGUGGAGAGACUGAUAAAUAACAAAGAUGCAACACGCUUCAUGAAACCUCUGAGAGGUACUCCAGCCUAUUGGGAAAAGGCACUGAAAGAUCUGCAUGCUAUGGUCAGACAGUUAGGAAAGCCAACUUUUUUCCUGACAUUUUCAGCUGCUGAAAUGAGAUGGCCUGAAGUUGUUGAGGUCAUAAAAACUCAACAAGGUGAACAAGUGGAUUUUUCACAACUUGACUGGAACACAAAGUGUGAAAUUCUCCGAAGCAACCCUGUGACUGUGAUGCGAUUGUUUGAAAAAAGAGUCGAUGCACUAAUGACAACACUGAUCCUGUCCCCGGCACAGCCCAUCGGUGAAGUAGAAGAUUACUUUUAUCGAGUGGAGUUUCAGGCCAGAGGUAGCCCUCAUAUCCAUUUACUGGUUUGGGUCAAAGAUGCACCUAAAUUUGGAAGCGACCUUGAAGACCACGUGUACAAAUUUAUUGACAAGUACAUAACAUGUAAGAUGCCUGACCAAAAAGCCGAUCCUGAACUUCACAAAAUUGUGUCUGAGGUUCAAGUCCACAGCAGAAAUCACUCCAGAUCCUGUAAAAAAGGUAAUGUGUCAUGUAGGUUUGGGUUCCCCAAACUACCCGUAGACCACACAAUGAUCACUUUCCCAAGCCCAGAUGAUGACGACGAUCACAAUGAUAAGCGGCAUAGCACAAGUAAGGAGAAAGGCACAAAUGAAAAACAAAAGCAAAAAAACAGACGAAUGGCUCUCGCAAAAAAACAGAAAGAGGCCAAAGAAAAACUCCAGCCAUUGAGAGAUUUGCUCUGUGACCCAAGUUCCUCGUUUGAAGACUUGUCUGAGCUGCUUCACAAAUGCAAAUUAACUUAUGAACAAUACUUGGAUUGUGUCUUCAAUUUAAGCAAUGGCCAUGUCAUCCUCUUAAAGCGUGAACCUAAUGACUGCUGGGUGAAUGCAUACAAUGCAGAUCUGCUGAGGGCCUGGAAUGCCAACAUGGACAUCCAAUAUGUCAUUGAUGACUACAGCUGCCUGAUGUACAUGAUGUCUUACGUCUCUAAACCUGAAUUUGAGAUGACACAAUUUCUUAAUGGAGUCAUCCAGGAGGUAAAAAAGUCCAAUGUCAAUGAAAGAGAUGAAAUGAAACAGAUAAUGCAGGCAUAUGCUAAACACAGAGAAGUCAGUGCCCAGGAAUCCGUGGCAAGGACGUGCAGCCUGCCACUAAAAAAGUGUUCACGCAGUGUGGUGUUCAUACAGACUGAUGAUGAUGCCCUGAAAAUGAGUCUCCCGAUGAGCAGGUUGCAAAGCAUGGCACCAGAUGAUGAAAAUGUGUGGAUGUCUGGAUUGCCAGAAAAAUAUGCAAACAGACCCAGAACACCUGAGUUCGAAAGAAUGUGUUUGGCUGAAUUUGCUUCAGAGUACAGGAUUCUCUACAGCCGUCAAAGAGAGUCAAAAAAUGCCAUCCUUCUUUUGAAUAACAUGGGCUAUAUUCAAAAGAGAACAAGAGGGAAACCUGCAAUAAUCAGAUAUCCUCGCUUCUCAGAAAAGAAACAACCAGAAAAGUUUUAUAGCAGACUACUAAAACUUUAUUUUCCACAUCGAUCAAAUGAUGACCUUAAAAACACAGAACACGCCACACCCGAACAGUUCUACAAAAGUGGACGAAAACAUGGUUUUGCAGUACGGCCAAUUGUUACCUUUAACAAAAAGCGUUAUGAAAGCCAUGGCAAAACAAUGGAAAGGGCACUGGAACAGAUUGAGCAACAAGGCCCACUUAUCAAUGCAUGGAACACCUUUGCACCUGAGGUUGAAGUCGAUCGUUUAGAGUGUGUGGCCCAACGACAAUCCAGACAUGACACUGACGAAAAUGAAAUGGACAUUGUUCCAGACUACCAAGUCAGUGGUAGCAGCAGUGGAGCCAUGCCAGCAAUCAUAGCACCAAAGCUGAGCCCAGACUUUGUCAGAAAAAUGUACCAAAGUCUGAAUGAAACCCAAGCAUCCAUAUUCUACGCAGUGCGUGAGUGGUGUUUCAAACUUGUGUGGGGUCACUGUCCUGAGCAGUUCUUUUAUUUUGUCUCUGGAGGAGCUGGCUGUGGAAAAUCACAUGUUAUCAAGUGCAUAUAUGAGGAGGCAACAAAGAUUUUGCACCAACUCCCCAGAUUCCGUGACCAAGCAGACAUGUCCUACCCUGCAGUACUGCUGACUGCAUUUACUGGCACUGCAGCUUUUAACAUAUCCGGGAAAACACUGCACUCUCUGCUAAAACUGCCAAAAUCUUUAAAACCGCCGUAUCAGGGACUGGGGAAUGCACUGGAUGAAGUGAGAGCUUCACUUUCAAAUGCAGAGAUUCUGGUCAUUGAUGAGAUAUCUAUGGUUUCUAAAGACCUUUUUGCCUACAUCCACUGGAGACUUCAGCAGAUCAAAGGAAACAAGAAGCCUUUUGGUGGGAUGUCUAUCCUUGCAGUAGGAGACUUUUACCAGCUGCCACCCCUUGGAAAGGCCAAACCACUCUGUGUGUACGAGGACAAUGUCCUUGAUCUCUGGAAAGACUAUUUCCACAUGGUCAACCUGACAGAAAUCAUGCGACAGAAAGAUGAUCAUUCUUUUGCUGAAGUUCUGAACAGGAUAAGAGUGAAGCAAAAAACAGAUUCUCUUGAAGCCAAUGAUAAAGCCUUGCUCACACAGGCUAUCCAUGACAUAAAAGACUGUCCAUCUAAUGUAUUACACAUUUAUGCUACAAACAAGGAGGUCGACAAACACAAUUCAGCAACUGUAACUGCUCUUCAUUCUGAUAUCAUAAAUAUUCAGGCCGAAGACUACAGAAAAGACCCACGAACGGGUGAGAUGGUCCUCCUGGCAGAUAUGAUGAAAGGCAACAAAAGAGAUUUACCUGAUAACAUACAAACUGCGCCUGGAGUGCGUGUUAUGAUUAUUAGAAACUUGGAUGUUGAAGAUGGUGUUGUUAAUGGGACAUUUGGAACAAUCACGAACAUUGUGACAACCACACAGGAUGGACCAAAAACUGUGAAUCUCAUUGGACUUACGCUGGACAAUCAAAAUUCUGGGCAAAAAUUUCGCAGAAAAAUACAAGGAUCCACAGACAACCUCGUAUAUAUUGAGAAAUGUGAAGAAUCUACAAGUAAAAAAGGAGUUCUUCGCAGGCAAUUUCCAAUGAAGUUGGCCUUUGCAUGUACAGCUCACAAAGUACAAGGCAUGACAAUGGAGUCAGCAGUAGUAUGUUUGAAGCGUGUUUUUGAGCCUGGAAUGGCCUAUGUUGCACUCAGCCGCACAACCUCACUUAAAGGACUGUACAUCACAGACUUUGAUGAAAGGAAAAUCUAUGCUGAUCCUGCCAUCACAGAUGCACUCAAAAAUAUGAGACAUGCAUCAUUUGAGAAUGCAAGACCACUGUUGCAAUUCUUAAAAUCAGUUGUUCCCACAGUUCCCACGUUGACAAUUAUCCAUCACAAUGCACAAGGUCUCCCAACUCACAUGGAGGACAUGAGAUGCCACCAUGAACUCAGCCUUGCUGAUGUUUUAUGCAUAACAGAAACUCACUUGUCUGGAUCAUCAGUUUCUCCCCGUUUCCAGCUGGAACAGUACAACAUGGCCACACGCAACAGACACGUCUCUUACACAAACCAUACAGACAUGGCAAAGGUAAAUGGCGGUGGAGUUGCAAUGUACUACAAAACAGUUCUUAUUGCAGAGUCUCGAAAAUACCUGCAAAAUGUGACUGACCUUGAAUUUGUUGUUAUCAAGGUUGAAUCGCCAGUCACAGCUUUGAUAGCAACUGUAUACAGGCCACCAAAUUACAGCCACAUGAGGUUUUUACCACAAAUGCAGUAUCUUUUGGACUCAUUGGAAAUGAUGAAUUGCCAGCCAAUUAUUGUUUGUGGAGAUUUCAAUGAGGACCUUAUGAGCACAGGAAAAAAACCCAUCCAAGAACUGUUUCAGUCAAGAGGAUAUGCACAACUUAUUACUGCUGCAACUACCGAAAAACACACAUUGAUUGAUCACCUUUACAUAUCACAGCCAUACGCCUGCCUCCAAUCAGGUGUUCUGAAUACAUAUCACAGUUAUCACAACCCCAUUUAUUGUGUAAUUCACUAACACAAAAUGACUGCAAGGUUGUGAGGGAUAUGGACUUACCAAGUGAUCUUAGUGUCUUUGCAACUGAGCACACUCUACCAGCAACACUGACAGCUCACCAGUGGGAGCUGAUACAUAAGACUGCUCUCAUCCAUUGAAGAGCUGACCAGAAACGUGAACAGAGAGACUGCAACUGCACCUGAUGGGAUCCCUGCCAUAACAGAUGUGUUCUGUCCAGUGAAGGCAGUGGAGAAGCCCUACACUGAUCUUGAAACUGUGCCACGCUAGUAGAGACCGGCUACAAGGAUGGGCAGCUGUUUUCGUAAAGUCAGCCAACCACUUGCUUCCAAAUGACCCUUAUCCAGAAGUAUCCGUGAGUGCCUCAUCAACACAAACUAAAGUGGAGACCUACCUCUCAGAGAAAAACGCACACAUAAGAAAAGCUGACCCACUUCAGUACUGGGAAGAACAUCCUAAUCUGUUUCCCUCUAUGGCUGCUGUUGCGAUCCCAGUGUGCCCCCUGUAGCUCUGUGGACAGUUUUGGAUUGGUUUACAUCUCACCCAACCGCUCACAGCAGAUGGCUGCACCUCUCUAAGCCUGGUUCUGCUGGAGGUUUCUUCCUGUUAAAAGGGAGUUUUUCUGAACACACUCUACCACCAACAAGGACAGCUCACCAGUGGGAACUGAUAGAUAAGACUGCUGAUGUGCUCUCAUCCAUUGAAGAGCUGACCAGAAACGUGAACAGAAAGACUGCAACUGCACCUGAUGGGAUCCCUGCCAUAACAGAUGUGUUCUGUCCAGUGAAGGCAGUGGAGAAGCCCUACACUGAUCUUGAAACUGUGCCACGCUAGUAGAGACCGGCUACAAGGAUGGGCAGCUGUUUUCGCAAAGUCAGCCAACCACUUGCUUCCAAAUGACCCUUAUCCAGAAGUAUCCGUGAGUGCCUAAUCAACACAAACUAAAGUGGCGACCUACCUCUCAGAGAAAAACGCACACAUAAGAAAAGCUGACCCACUUCAGUACUGGGAAGAACAUCCUAAUCUGUUUCCCUCUAUGGCUGCUGUUGCGAUCCCAGUGUGCCCCCUGUAGCUCUGUGGACAGUUUUGGAUUUGUUUACAUCUCACCCCAACCGGUCGCGGCAGAUGGCCGCCCCUCCCUGAGCCUGGUUCUGCCGGAGGUUUCUUCCUGUCAAAAGGGAGUUUUUCCUUCCCACUGUCGCCAAAGUGCUUGCUCAUAGGGGGUCAUAUGAUUGUUGGGUUUAUCUAUAUACAUUAAUGCUUGUAUGCUUUUCAUUUACACUUUUGCCUUACU